GGUGACGUGAUGACGCGAUGACGUCGCUAGCUUAAUGCUGCUCCCCGCAGAGCAGCAGCGGCGGAGGAUGGAGCCGAGCAAAUGAAUGAGACGCGGGCUGAAUGACAGAGAGGAUGAACCGGCCGACGGAGCAUCAUAUUUUGACAUGAUUUGAAUCCCGGUUAAACGCUCAGGCUAAAUUACAAGUGAGACAGGAAAUCAAAGUUUAGCAGUGACUGCACAUACGUUAUUAGCCUAUAUAAAUAUUGUGGUUUAACAAAGCUGCUGUAGUCUUGGAGGAGGAGGAGGAUGUUGAAGCCUGGAGCGUGCACCAAGUGUUUUCUGUCUUUUCUCCAAAAACAGCGGAGAUGAAGCUCUCUCUUGAAAGAAGAUGUCCACCAUCACCAAGCGGCGUUGAAGGUCUUAACUUGCGGCAGUAAAACACUUGGUUGAAGGAGUUUAAUGGCACAGCGGACGGCGAGAAAGAGCCAGCGACUCAAACUGGGAUUUAUGAACAGUCGGUUUAUUGAGAUUGAGGGUUUGAAUUUUAAGGUAAUUUUCGGCUGAGGAUAAAUAUCUGUACAGGUGGCAGUUUGUCUACCGUUGGUCAUAUUUCACACACACCAGCAGCAGCGGAGUAAUCACAGCAAGCUAGCAACGGAUGGAUAAAGCUAGCUUAUUUAGAGACGUUAUUUUACCGGUUAGACAACAUUUUUGUUUGUCUCUUUCGACAUUUUUCACUUUGUAUUUAAAAAGGCAACUUCACAAGCUUAAUUAGGUUAGAAAUCGCACUGCCUUUCCUGUCAGUCUCGCCCCGAGUUCAGCGCGAUAAUCCUCGUUUGUGUUUUUAACUGUUUUUUAUUUUUAUUUAAGCUAGCUAACGGUAGCAACUAACUAGCGUCAGUGCUGCUGUCAGUUCUCGUUCAUCAUGCAUGCACCGACACGUUUGCUUGGAUGAAACCAACACCCCACCAAAAUGAACCCAAGGGCAUUACAACAACAACAACACCACCACCGCGAAGCCAUGUCGGACUGAAAACAGCACCGUGGCUCCGCCGGCCGUGAAGUCACAACAACCAGAGCGGCUUUAGUUGGGGAGAGAGAGAGCGGCUCAAAAGCUGAAGCUAGCCUCCAAGCCUGUUCACACCGCCCUCAAGAGACCACAGAGAGGAGGAUCAUUUUCGACUCAACUCAAGCCACCAAAUCCAGCAAAAAUGGGAGAGCAGCCCAUCUUCAGUACACGGGCCCACGUCUUCCAGAUCGACCCAAGCACCAAGAAGAAUUGGGUUCCCACCAGUAAACAUGCUGUCACAGUCUCCUACUUCUUCGACAAUACCAGGAAUGUAUAUCGAAUCAUCAGUCUGGAUGGAUCUAAGGCCAUUAUCAACAGCACCAUUACCCCCAACAUGACAUUCACCAAGACAUCACAGAAGUUUGGCCAGUGGGCCGACAGCCGAGCGAACACUGUCUACGGCCUCGGCUUCUCGUCUGAGAGCAACCUGGCCAAGUUUGCAGAUAAGUUUGCGGAGUUCAAGGAGGCGGCACGGUUAGCCAAAGAGAAGUCUCAGGAGAAGAUGGAGCUCACCAGCACGCCCUCUCAGGAGUCAGCCCCAGGUGAUCUGCAGUCACCUUUGACCUCAGAGAGCAUCAACGGUACAGACGAUGAGAGAGUCACACCAGACACACCUCAGCACACCGAAGCCAGAGCAGAGCCUUCCCAGAAUGCACUGGCCUUCUCACACAGUUCAACCAGCAUCAAUAAGCACUGGGAGGCGGAGCUGGCGGCACUUAAGGGGAACAACGCCAAGCUGACGGCAGCUCUGCUCGAGUCCACGGCCAACGUCAAACAGUGGAAACAACAGCUGGCGGCCUAUCAGGAGGAAGCGGAGAGGCUACACAAACGGGUGACGGAGCUGGAGUGUGUGAGCGGCCAAACAACGGUGAUCAAAUCCCAAAAGACGGAACUCAACCAAACGAUAGAAGAGCUGGAGUCGGCUUUGAAGGCCAAGGAGGAGGAGUUAGAGAGACUUAAAGCAGAGGUGGAGAGUGCCAAUGAGUUCCAGUCUCAAAAAGACUCCCUUGCACUGAAACUACAGGACACGGAGUCGAAGAACCAGACGUUGGAGGCCCAGCUGAGCGAUCUGGAGCAGCGUCUGGAGAGCAGCCAGCAGGAGAAGGAAGCCUUUCGCAAGAGCCUGCGCUCCCUGCUGGAGCUGCUGGACAGCAAGAUCUUCGAGCUGACCGAACUACGGGACACGCUGGCAAAGCUCAUCGAGGCCAGCUAGAGAGACCAACACAAACGCCGCCGCUGCAGCCAGCGCUCGGAGAAGAAACCACCCGCACGUUGGCGCUCACAUCGUCACCGACACGUCAAACAACUUGAAUUCUCUUCUUUUGUUUCCGCCACAUGUAUACGAUACGUGUAAAAGAGUAUGUUUACACACGACUUUAUGCAUUAACGACACACACAUUUUUGCUACGGUACACGUUUACAAUCAAGCCAAGUUAAAGAGGCUUUGCUUGGACCAUGCCUUCCCUCCGCUCCACGCUGGAAUAUUCUUGAGUCUCUGACAACACGUUUUAAAACUCUGAAUGAAUCUGUUUUGAUUGUUUUUGUCUCUUGAAUGUCCUUCCGUUUGAGGGGAUGUUUUGUUUGUUUGUUUGUUUUUUGCUCUUUCAAUCAUAAAGAAUUUAAUUAGCGUCGCUUUGGUGCAAUUUUGUGAGUCACCCGGAGUCGGUGAUUCUUCCUCACGUCAUCGUCAGCCAAAUGAACACUGGGGAGUCAGACGAGGAGGACUCACUCUGACUUUUCCUACACUCCGAGAUCAAUUUAAUUUUGUUAUUUGAACUUUGACGGGUGACAAGGGGUCGAAUGUCAUGAAGAGAAAACUACAAAUGUUCCUCCUGUGACUGUAAUCCAGCGAGGGACUGCCAAACAAACGGCCGGUGGCGACUACGUCUUAUAUUCUUCUACAAUAUACGAGCAAUACAAAAAGGGAGCAGCAGAGCGUAAAACACUUUCCACUCUCACUUUCAGGUAAUUUUACUCUGCGAUAUGUUUAGACCAGAAGCGAGGCGGGAUUUUAUUCAACAGUCUUUCUUUCUACACACUUUUUUUAAAGAAUACAACUCAAACAAAUUCAUAGUGCACUUGUAAAAAUGGAGUUUGUGUGUAUGAGUGUAUCAGAUGUUUUCUUUCCCUUUUGUUUCUGUUGCGACUUGAAGUGCAAUGAUUGAAUCCUUUUUGUUAAUUUAUUACUAAAGUAACUGUUACUGAAGAUGAUGAUUAUGAUGAAAGUUGUACAAAAGCAAAGAUCUUUAUUUACUAUCUUGUUUUCACUUAAUUAAUCUUGUUUUUGUUUUUUAUUGUCUGGUACGUGGGUGUCAAGGUAGUUUUUUGUUUUUGGAAAAACUGGCAAUAUUUUUUGAACUAUUUAUCAAAGGAAAUGAAAAUCUAGAGAAUCCAGAGAAUCUUUUUCUUUUGCCAAAUAACAUUUUUCCUGUACAGAUUUGAAUUUUUGCUAACGUUGCCUUUGGUACAGAGAUGCAUCAACGGUAGCUAACAAGCGGUACUUUUUCUUUUUGUGGGAUUUACUAUUGCCAAAAAUUCAGCGACGUUAAGAGGAGUACAGUACGUACACCUGAAGAACACUACUUUAAGGGCUUGUUGUUGGUUUGGGUACAUUUGGGAGACUUGAAUGACUUUAUCACGUUGAAAAUGAUUAAUAUUACAGCUUGAAAGGGAAAAAAAAAAAACAUUUGAAUAAGACUUUUAAAUGUUGAUUAUACCACAUGCUUAACGACACAAAUUGUAAUUUUGAGUUUAUAGUAAAACAAAACCAAAUGAAAA